AGGAGGGCGGAGCUUCCCAGCAGCCAUGAUGGAGGACACUGAGCCGGAUCUUUCUCCCACCCCCUCUGAUCAGAACAGCCCCUCCCUCUCCCUCUCCUCCUCCUCCCUGUCCCUCCCCUCCACGCCCUCGUCCUCCUGUGGCGCCCCCCCGGCCGUCACGCCUCCUCUGGGGGUCAUCAGCGAGGGCGUCGGGGAGCUCAGCCUGGUGAUCGACGCCGAGGUGGCUCACCGGGCGUGUCAGGAAGUCCUGCAGAAGGUCAAGCUGACGCAGGUGGACAGUGAUGUCGCCGGCCUACAGAACGGGGAGGGGCCUGACCCGCAGCCCGCCGCCACGGUGAGACCGAUAAAGAUCCGCGAGAAGGAGCGGGAGCCCGAGGGCCCGGCUCCCGGCUCGGUGAAGAGCGCCCGGCAGCGGCAGAGACACAACCCCUCCAAACAGUCGUGGUUGCUCCGCCUCUUUGAGUCCAAGCUGUUCGACGUCUCCAUGGCGAUCUCCUACCUGCACAACUCGAAGGAGCCCGGCGUCCAGGCGUACAUCGGGAACCGGCUCUUCAGCUUCCCGCACGAGGAGGUGGACUUCUACCUGCCGCAGCUGCUCAACAUGUACAUCCACAUGGACGAGGACGUCGGGGACGCCAUCAAGCCAUACGUGGUUCACCGCUGCAGACAGAGCAUCUCCUUCAGCCUGCGCUGCGCCUGGCUCCUGGGGGCCUACUCCUCCGACAUGCACAUCUCCACCCAGCGGCACUCCAGAGGAACCAAACUGAGGAAACUCAUCCUGUCCGACGAGCUCAAACCCUCGGGCCCCCGAGCUCGCAGAGAACCUCUGACUCUGACCCCAUUCUGUCCCGUCAUGUCCCCCGCCAACGGCCCCGGGCCCCUGGGAGGAGAGCACGGCCUGUCGCCCUCCAAACGCACACAUCAGCGCUCCAAAUCAGACGCCACAGUCAGCAUCAGUCUGAGCAGCAACCUGAAGAGAACGGCCAGCAACCCGAAGGUGGAGAGCAGCCAGGACGAGGACAGCGGCUCCAGCUCGGACAGUCUGGAGUUGGAGCCUGGUCCCCCGGUGCGUCUGGCGCCUCAGAGGGAGUUUAUUAAGUCUCUGAUGGGGAUCGGGAAGCGUUUGGCCACGCUGCCCACCAAAGAGCAGAAGACCCAGCGGCUGAUCUCAGAACUGUCGCUGCUCAACCACAAGCUGCCGGCCCGGGUCUGGCUGCCCACCGCCGCCUUCGACCACCAUGUGGUCCGAGUGCCGCACACACAGGCCGUGGUGUUAAACUCCAAAGACAAGGCUCCGUACCUGAUCUACGUGGAGGUUCUGGAGUGUGAGAACUUUGAGACGUCCAGCGUUCCGAUGCGGAUCCCGGAGAACCGGAUCAGGAGCACCCGUUCUGUGGAGAACCUGCCGGACUGCGGCAUGACGGCGGAGCAGAGAGCCGGCAGCUUCUCCACGGUCCCAAACUACGACAACGACGACGAGGCCUGGUCUGUGGACGACAUCGGAGAGCUGCAGGUGGAGCUCCCAGAGAUCCACACCAACAGCUGCGAUAACAUCAGUCAGUUCUCAGUGGACAGUAUCACCAGCCUGGAGAGCAAAGAGCCGGUGUUCAUCGCUGCUGGAGACAUCAGGCGGCGUCUGUCGGAGCAGCUGGCUCAGGCGCCUACCACCUUUAGACGGGACCCCGAGGACCCGUCAGCUGUGGCCCUGAAGGAGCCCUGGGAGGAGAAGGUCCGGAGGAUCAGAGAAGGAUCUCCUUAUGGUCACCUUCCUAACUGGAGGCUGCUGUCUGUUAUCGUUAAAUGUGGAGAUGACCUGAGACAGGAGCUGCUCGCCUUCCAGGUGCUGCAGCAGCUCAAGUCUAUCUGGGAGCAGGAGCGCGUCCCCCUCUGGAUAAAGCCCUAUAAGAUCCUUGUGCUGUCGUCGGACAGCGGGAUGAUUGAGCCCGUGAUGAACGCCGUUUCCCUCCAUCAGGUGAAGAAGCAGAGCCAGCUGUCUCUGCUGGACUACUUCCUGCAGGAGCACGGUGCUCCGACCACCGAGGCCUUCCUGUCUGCUCAGCGGAACUUUGUCCAGAGCUGCGCCGGGUACAGCCUCAUCUGUUACCUGCUGCAGGUCAAAGACAGGCACAACGGGAACAUCCUAUUGGAUGCUGAGGGUCACAUCAUCCACAUUGACUUCGGCUUCAUCCUGUCCAGUUCUCCCAAGAACCUCGGCUUCGAAACAUCGGCCUUCAAACUUACCACGGAGUUUGUUGAUGUGAUGGGCGGUCCAGACGGCGACAUGUUUAACUACUAUAAGAUGUUGAUGCUUCAGGGUCUGAUCGCAGCCAGGAAACACAUGGACCGGGUCCUGCAGAUAGUGGAGAUCAUGCAGCAAGGUACCCAGCUGCCCUGCUUCCACGGGUCCAGCACCAUGCGGGGCCUGAAGGAGCGGUUCCACAUGAGUCUGACGGAGGAACAGCUGCAGCUGCUGGUGGACCAGCUGGUGGACGGGUCCAUGAGGUCUCUCACCACCAAACUUUACGACGGCUUCCAGUACUUCACCAACGGCAUCAUGUGACCCGGCGGCGGCGUGUGUGUGCGUGUGUGUGUGUGUGUGAGUGUGAAUGGAGACUGAUGAUCCUCCUGCUCUCAGAAGUCGGCGGCAGAGACGAUGAGCCUCCUCUGUCCUCCUCUCCGUCUGUCUCUCGUUGUCUUUUUGUUGAAAGAACUUUCUUUGUCUCGUUUGGUUCCAGCUCUUUUUCUUGUUUUUCCAUAUUUGGGCAGAUGUCCCUGAUUGGCUGCUCAGCCGGACUCUUGGCCAAUCAGAGGAGCAGCCCAGUUUUAGUUUGACAUGUGAAUAGGUGGACAGUUUUUACAGGUAGAACCUGAAGGAAACGAGUCGGCGUCCAGAAGCUGGAGCCGCGGACUGAAGGACCACUCCGGAGCUUCUCAUGUUUUAACUAACUGACUGGAACCAGUUUGUCCUCUGACCCAUUAAACUAACCAGUGUCCACCUGCA